AGCGGCAAUUCGUCGAGCACCUGCUGCGCGCGCUCUUCCGUGGCCGCCGCCAUGGCGUCCGCCGCGCGGGCUCUGGGCGCGCUCCUCCACAAGGCCUCGUCGCUGUCCUCCGCCUCAGCUCUCAGGAGCGCCGCCGUCCUCCAUGUGUGUUCAGGGAGAGGCUCCGUUGGCAGAGCCAGUUUGUUCCAGAUGCUCGCGGCGAAGCGGAGGAUUUCGACGUUCCAGCCGCUCUGCAUGGGACGGCGCUCCUGCAAGAUCGCCGGAAGGAAGGAUGCUCAGAAUUUGAAAAAGAUGAAGCGCAAUAGCAAAAUCGGAAAAGAAAUCGUUGCUGCCAUCAAGAAAGGUGGCCCAAGUCCUUCAUCAAACACAGCUUUAGCAGCGAUAUUGGAGAAAGCGAGGGAACUUGAUAUUCCCAAAGAAAUCAUGGAGCGUAACAUAAAAAGGGCUUCAGAAAAGGGCCAAGAUACUUACACAGAAAAGGUUUACGAGGUAUAUGGUUUUGGUGGAGUAGGUAUGGUUGUUGAGGUCCUUACAGAUAAAAUUACAAGAUCUAUUGCGGAUAUAAGAAAUGUCGUAAAGGACUGUGGAGCAAAAUUGGCUGAUCCUGGAUCUGUUACAUUCAGAUUCAGACAAGCUCGUGUGGUGAACAUCAAAGUCACUGAUGCUGAUAAAGACCAACUGCUCUCUGUUGCUUUGGAUGCUGGCGCUGAUGAUGUCAUUGAGCCAAAUUUUGAUGAAGAUGAUGACGACGACAACGAUGACAAUGACGACUCCUCAGAAGAUGUUUCAGAAAGGUUUUACAAGAUAGUUACUACGUCAGAAAAUUAUCCUGUUGUGCUAUCGAAGCUACAAGAGGAAGGACUAAAAUUUGAAACUGAUAAUGGCUAUGAACUUCUGCCUCUGAACCCAAUUGAGGCAGAUGACGAGGCCAUGGAACUAAACAAGGUCCUAGUGUCUAAGUUGCUUGAGCUUGAUGAUGUUGAUGCUGUCUAUACAGACCAAAGGUGACUCUUCAUGAUCCAUGAGCCUAACACCCAGACAGCUCGACGCCGACGGUUGUGUUACACCGUGGGUUGGCAGAUUCAUAUCAUCGUGUGACAGUAUCAGCUGGUGGCGUAAACCAUCGAUGGAACUGGUUUAGUUGUAGCCAAUUUAUUUUUGCCAAAAUUGAAGUUGAUACGGCAUUUUUAUGUAAUUACAUUGCACUCGCAUCCCACACUCCCAAACUCAGAGCAUUACAUUUUUUUCAUGUAUCUUCAUCCCAGUUUCUCUUGAUAAAAGAAUACGAUAACCCCGACCAUGUCAUGAUAUUUGGUCUUGAUGAGCACUGUAACAAAAAAAAAAUCGUUUCGCUACUUUGAAACGGCACGAUUUGACGGGAUGGGAGAAACUCCACACAAAUUUCUUUUGCUCUC